GCAAUAUUCAAAACAGAGAGAAUUCUAGAAUAUAUUUCGAAUGAUAAAGUAUUUUUAUGAUCGACCCUCUUAAACCCUCAUCCAUAAAUAUUGUUCUUCUGCAUGCAUGCCUGUGUAGGGUUUUAGUCUGUUGUAGCUACUUUGCAACUCAGUUUUCCUACAGAGAAAAUGGUGGUACUGGUGCGGGCAGCCCUGUCAUUGAGAGCAAGUCUCAAUCUCUGUUCUUAUAACAGGGUUUCGCUGUUAACAAACAGAGGUGUAAGCCUCAGGGGCUUAAGGAUUUCUUCACAUCCAUCUGUAGGGUUUCGCAAUGGACGCUUUCUUGGAGGGGUAACAAUCCCGCAACCUGUCAUUCUACCGGCACUGAGACGCUAUGCAACAAUACCCACUACAUCGUCUGUGAACGAUCCGUCGCCCAACUGGAGCAAUCGUCCUCCGAAGGAGACGAUUCUACUCGACGGCUGCGAUUACGAGCACUGGCUCAUUGUCAUGGAUCCCCCCGAGGGUAACCCCACCAGAGAUGAGAUUAUUGAUAGCUAUAUCAAGACGCUUGCACAGGUCGUGGGAAGCGAGGAGGAAGCUAGGAUGAAAAUGUACUCGGUUUCAACAAAGCAUUAUUUUGCUUUUGGCUGCCUGGUUUCAGAGGAACUGUCCUUCAAGAUUAAGCCUCUUCCUAAUGUUCGCUGGGUGUUGCCUGAUUCUUACUUGGAUCCACGUAUCAAGUCGUAUGGAGGGGAGCCCUUCAUUAAUGGACAAGCAGUACCCUAUGAUCCUAAGUACCAUGAGGAGUGGGUGAGGAACAAUGCACGUUGCAAUGAGAGACGAUCUAAUGACAGACCAAGAAACUUUGAUCGGUCGAGGAAUUUUGAGAGACGAAGGGAAAUGAGGAAUAAUGCUUACCAGCGGCCACCACCCCCACCGCCAUCACCAAGUAACAUGGAACACCCAAUACAAAGCAAUGCACAACCUGGAAGUGGAAGUAAUAAGAAAGGUGAUUAAGAUAUAGAAUCAACAACUUAUAAACAACUUAUAAACAACUUAUAAACAAUCUAUUCAUGUUAAUCUGUGGAGGUGUCAUGGAAAUUUAUGCUAUCUGUUUAAGAAUUUUGGAACACUUAGCUUAUAAUGCAACAAAUUUAUUCCAUGUAUUGGCAACAUAUUCCACUAGGAAUUAUCUAGGAAAAUAACAAAUCUAAAUUACAUGUAAAUUCUAUGGACUGUUUGAAUUUAUUUUUGUGGAAUGUAUUUUCCACUUUGUUAUAAUGAAUUUGGCUCAUAAGGUUAGAUUUA